AUUCAGUUCCGCACUCACUACAACCUCAAGUCACACAUUCGCUCUUACAGCCUACACCACAACAACCAAAUCCAUCCCAUCAAAAUGCAGUUCUCCACUACUUUCACCCUCGCCAUGAGCGCCCUGGUCACCCUCGCUGCCGCGGGUACCAUUCCCGCCGGCGACGCCAACACCGUCUUCCCCUCCGAGCUCUGCGGUACCGGCUACGCCUCGUGCGGCAAGGCCGGUACCAACGGCGAUGGCGGAUCUCGCUGCGCGCUGACCUGCACCUAUGCCGGCGGACCUACCUCGACCGGUACCUGCCAAUGCCCCAAGGGAUACUACGUGGACACUUGCAUCAGCGGUGGUGCUUUCAACCGUCGCCACAAGUGCUAGAGGAUUUCGGACUCAUCGAAAUCAGUGGUUGUUCGGAAUAUCCUGGCUAGGACUUAACAGUGCUGGGUGGUUAUUCAUUCGUUUAAAAAGUGAUGUCAUCGCUUUGGCUUGUCGUUAAG